CCAUUUCCCUUUUUCCACUUAUACACAUAUAAAUAUUUUCAUUUUCUUUUCUCUAAAGCUUUCUCGAGAAAACAUAGAAGGAAAAGACUUGCGUCUCUCUCUCACUCUCUCCGUCUCACUCUUCGCCAUAAUAAGCUUAAAACAAAGAAACAAAGGGAGAAAAAAGCGUUAUUAAGCAGAUUAUUGAUUUCAUAUAGAGGAUGGGAAGAGGAAAGAUAGUGAUUCGACGAAUAGACAAUUCAACAAGCAGGCAGGUGACUUUCUCAAAGAGAAGGAACGGAUUAUUGAAAAAAGCAAGGGAAUUAUCGAUCCUUUGCGAUGCUGAAGUUGGAUUGAUCAUCUUUUCUAGCACCGGCAAGCUCUACGAUUAUGCCAGCUCCAGCAUGAAAUCUGUUAUUGAACGCUACAACAAGGUUAAAGAAGAACAUCACCAAUUACUGAAUCCCGAUUCCCAAGUCAAGUUUUGGCAAAGGGAGGCAGCAAGCUUGAGGCAACAACUACAGUACUUGCAAGACUACCACAGGCAAUUGAUGGGAGAAGAACUAUCUGGUUUAAGUGUUAAGGAUCUACAGCACCUGGAAAACCAACUUGAAGUGAGCUUGAAAGGUGUCCGCACAAAAAAGGAACAAAUCCUAACAGACGAAAUCAAAGAGCUAAACCACAAGGGACACCUUAUUCAUCAGGAGAAUCUAGAACUGUAUAAGAAAGUAGACCUCAUCCACCAACAAAAUACUGAACUUCAAAAGAAGAUUUAUGGAACAAGAGAAGCAAAUGAAGCUAGUAGAAUCUCCCACCCAAAUUAUACUUUCAACAAUGGAUAUGAUUUGCACGCACCUGUUCGUCUGCAGUUAAGCCAGCCCCAACCUCCUAAGAAUAAUGCACCAGCAAAAUCAAUGAAGUUGGGAUUACAGUUGCAUUAGAAAACUGGUCAGACAAUUAUGGAUGGACGUCAUCACUACCCGACCAACAACUUGGGCUAUGGUUAGAGCAAAAGAUUCUACCAGUGAGUUUUCAUAUUCGAGCUAUUAGAUAAAGUAUAUCCAGCAUAAAAAAAAAAAAGAAGAAGAAGAAGAAGAAGAUUUCAUAUGAAAUGUUUAAUGAAAAAGAAAAACACUUUAGAAAUGCUGUAAAAUGAACAGAGAAACAAGUUAUCUGAUGUGACUUCACAUAAUUA